CCUGCCUGGCCCCGCGCCCGACCGCAAAUAUUUGUUCGGGGCUGUCCCGGAGCUCCAGCGGCCCGGGGACGCGGGGCCGCCGCCAUGCAGCCCGUGCUGGGGGUCCUGCUCGCCCUGGCCACAGCUCUGGGCUCAGGCCACCGCUCACCCCUCAAUGACUUCCAGCGCCUGCGAGCCACCGAGCUGCUGGCGGUGUCCGCGGACCCACCGCUGCCGGAGCAGGGCACUGCGGAGCAGUGUGCCCAGCGCUGUGCCACCAGCCUGGCUUGCCGGGCUUUCCACUAUGACCAGCAGAGCCAGUUGUGCCAGCUGCUGCCCUGGACCCAGAACUCACCCCGUAUCCAGCUGCAGAAAAACAUCCGCUAUGACCUGUACCAGAAGAAAGACUACCUGCAGGACUGCAUCAUGGGCGAUGGCUCCAGCUACCGCGGCACACGGGCCACAACAGAGAAGGGGCUGCGCUGCCAGCAUUGGCAAGCCACGACACCACAUGACCACAGGUUUCUGCCAUCCCCCCGCAAUGGGCUGGAGGAGAAUUACUGCCGAAACCCUGACCGGGACAAGCGGGGCCCGUGGUGUUACACCGUUGAUCCCAAUGUCCGGCACCAGAGCUGCGGCAUAAAGAAGUGUGAGGAUGCUGUCUGCAUGACCUGCAAUGGGGAGGACUACCGUGGCACCGUGGACCACACUGAGUCGGGGACAGAGUGCCAGCGCUGGGACCUGCAGCACCCUCAUAAGCACCCCUACCACCCCAACAAGUACCCUGACAAGGGGCUAGAUGACAACUACUGCCGCAACCCUGACAGCUCCGAGCGGCCCUGGUGCUACACCACUGACCCCGGGCGGGAGCGCGAAUACUGCCGCAUCCGUGUCUGCAAAAAACGGCCACGACCUGUCAACGUCACCACUGGCUGCUUCAGGGGCAAGGGUGAAGGCUACCGUGGCCGUAUGAAUGUUACCGUGUCAGGGAUCCCCUGCCAGCGCUGGGACUCCCAGGUGCCCCAUAAGCACCACUUCGUGCCCGAGAAGUACCCGUGCAAGGACCUGCAGGAGAACUACUGCCGCAACCCUGAUGGAUCAGAGGCACCGUGGUGCUUCACUUCCCGCCCCACUGUCCGCAUCGCCUUCUGCUUCCACAUCCGCCGCUGCCCUGAUGAGCAGGAUGCCCAAGAGUGCUACCAGGGCCACGGCAAGCACUACUAUGGCCAUGUCAGCAAGACACGCAAGGGAAUCACCUGCCAGCCCUGGUCUGCCCAGACACCCCACGUGCCCCAGAUCUCACCUGCCACCCACCCUGAGGAACACCUGGAGGAGAACUACUGCCGCAACCCUGAUAACGACAGCCAUGGCCCCUGGUGCUACACCAUGGACCCCCGUACCCCCUUUGACUAUUGUGCCAUCAAGCCUUGCUCUGGCAGCACAGUGCCCUCCAUCAUGGAGAAUGCAGACGUGGUGACAUUUGAGCAGUGUGGCCAGCGGGACGAGAGGUUGCAGCAGAAGGGGCGCAUUGUUGGUGGCCAGCCUGGCAACUCGCCCUGGACUGUCAGCAUCCGCAACCGGGCUGGUGUGCACUUCUGUGGGGGAUCCCUGGUGAAGGAGCAGUGGGUGAUCAGCACACGCCAGUGCUUCUCCUCCUGUGAUGCUGACCUGACGGGCUAUGAGGUGCAGCUGGGGACACUCUUCAAGGACCCUGGCCCUGGGGACCCUCACCAACAGACCAUCCCCAUCGUCCGGAUUGUCUGUGGCCCCUCUGAGUCCCAGCUGGUGAUACUGAAGCUGGCAAGGCCAGCUGCUCUGACCAAGCGUGUGGCCCUGAUCUGCCUGCCCCCUGAGCGCUAUGUUGUGCCUGAGGGCACCAUCUGUGAGAUCGCUGGCUGGGGGGAAACCAGAGGCACAGCUGAUGGCAGCGUGCUGAAUGUGGCACGGCUGCCAGUGCUGGCCCACAGUGAGUGCAACAAGGCGCUGCGUGGGCGCCUCAAGGAGAGCGAGCUGUGCACCUCCCCGCUGCGUGCUGGCGUGGGUGCCUGUGAGGUGAGCUGGGUGGGGACACCCACCCCAGGGAGGCAGCAGGUGCUGCCAGCAGGGUGACACCGCUCUGUUCAUGCCACAGGGCGAUUAUGGUGGACCACUGGCUUGCCUCACCGCUGACUGCUGGGUGCUGGAGGGGGUGAUCACCCCCUCCCGUGUCUGUGCCCGCACUGACCAGCCCGCCCUCUUCAUCCGUGUUUCCCUCUAUGUCGACUGGAUCUACAAGGUGAUGAAGAUGGGUUGAGCUGGCAUUGCUAGCCUGGCACAGCUGCCACUGUACAAUAAAGGCACAA